AUGCCGGAGCAAUUCGGUGUUGGGUCAAAUUUCUGGGUAUGGUGAAUUUCACCGGAAGGCCCCGAUCUGGUUGGCUGCCAUACAUUUGAAAAUAAGUGUUGCCCGCCUUGCUCAGAAGCACAUCCUGCUAAAUGCCGUGAGAUGCACUGCAGCCCUAAGGACCGACGCAUAUUCUAAGAAGGGGGUGGGAUGCAUUUUGCCUGUGUGUGGUGGGGGGGAGAUGGCUGGUCUCUUCUCUCCCCACCCCCAACCCCCCUCAAGUGGUUUGCAUUAGAAUCACAAAGCCAUAACAUGGAAAGGAGCAAAUCGGUUUAUACAUAUAAUUGCAAGGAAAGAAAGCAAUUAACAGAGAGGACAGUGGGAAAUUAGAUCUCCUCCCCACCCCCAUUACAAAAAAGGGAUAGCGUUGAGCAGCCUUUAAGCAGCCCAGCCAGGCUGACAAGCGAAUCCCUGGAAGAAACAGCAAGCGGGGUUGUACAAUCGUGUAUCUAUAACCUCUUGGCUGCAGAGCCCACCAUCAAGCUUCAAACAGAGGAUCCCGUUGAAAACUACGGAGUGUAAAACGGGCCCCGGUUGUUGUGGAAAGCGGAGGAGAGGGCAAGAGGCAGAGCGAACUUCUUGAAAGCAGAGCAGCUUGGCUGCCGGGAGAUAUCCUUGUGUGUUGAUUUAGGAAGACAUUUGCUGUAUAUAACGUUUAAGGUUGAUAAUAUCAUUGCUCGGGCAGAUAAAUAAAGCACUGGCCAAACCGUGGGGUCAGCUAUCGAUCCCUCUGUUUAGAGAAGGAGGUAGGAACCUCUCUCUCUCCCCCCCCCUCUUUCUUUCUCUCCCUCCCCCGCCCCCUCUCUGUGUGUCAGAGCAAAAAAAAGACCGAAGCUCGGAUAGCUAUGGAGGAGUGAACAAUUACAACAUGGUAAUUUGUGAUUCGGUCUCGCCGGUGGAGCCCAAAGAGCCACCCUGUCUGGAACAGUCAUAACCAGUUAGAGGAAAACCCUUGGGAUUCCAGCCGAUGCGAGCCGUUUGCUGGAGUGGCACUCAAACUGCUUCCACGCAAACCUUUCCUAUGUCACCCCAGGGGGAGAAGAACGAGGAAUAAAGCCUGAGUAGCAUUGUAUGUGCGUAUGUUGUGUAUGUUUAAGGAUUGUGUUCUUGAGUACAUAAAGAUCCAGGGAUGGGUGUGUAGCUGGUGGACGUGAGUGCAAAAAACCAAGCAAGUGCCCUGGGAGUGAGAGCGAAACAACCGUCGAGAGAGAGAGAGAGAGAGAGAGAUGACGUGACUAUGCGAGAGAUCUGCAGCCUUUAGCCCCUCUGCAAUGGCUGAUUAGCAUUCCUCGCCUGCCCCUGGACCUGAGCUGACAACUAACAGAGAUAUCCAGCUCACCACUAGGCCUCCUCUCCUUUUGUCUUCAGCUGUCUAGGAGAGAAACAGGCUUCUCCGCGGGCCCCGCACACACUAAACGGCCCCCUGAUCCUGGGGCUGCCGAGGAUCCCACCCAGUCCAGUCAAAUCGCCUCAACAUCAGACCCGCCCCCGCUCCUUCGCCUCCCCGCUUGCGCCAGCUGCCCCCGCCUCUGCCCAGCCUGCGCCUGCUUUCCAGAUCUGCGCCAAAGGCUGGGAAAGUUAACUUGCUGCGACUUUCCUGACGCGUAUGCGGCCAGAGAGGACGUCUCCGCAUCGCACACCGGCCUUUCUCCCCCUCUAUCUCUCUUUUUGAAGCUUUUAAUGUGAUCGUAUUCCAAGAGAGGAAAGAGGAGGAUCUUAUUCUUUCGCUGCAAGAUAAAACCUUAUUGUUAAGAAGGUUGCGGUGGGCUGGGGGCUGGGGGGGGGGGCAACAGCAGCUCAUGUCACUGUGUUUCUUUUGGCCUUUGUCGCUGUGCCAUUGAGACACGUUUAUAUCCCCCCCCCCCCCAUCUCGAAACGGUUUAUAAAGAGCUAAGAAAGGGGAGCGGCUGAGAGGAGGACGGUGGCCUAGGGAGGAGAGGGGAGAGGGGGCUUUAAUCCGAAGGCCAGAAAGACCUUUCAGGUCAAACUUCCCCGUUUGGUUUGGUCUUAGAUCCAUUUUAGGAACUUUCUAGGAUUAAACACUCACAUAAAAGCGGGGUGGGAGGGGUAGGGGGCGGGAGGUUAGAGACAAAGAUCCCUGCAUCGACCAACACAGACCCUCACAAAACUAGUCAGUUUCUCCUCGCAGCAAAAGCUUACAAAUUAGCUCAUGUUGACAGAUGUUUGUCACUUAGUAACUUCUCUCCCAGUCCCCCCCCCCGCACUAUUUCUCCUCUUCUCUCGCUCUAUCGCCCCCCCCAUCCCUUCUUUGGGGGCUCGCUUUGUUGUUUUUAAAAUAUGCAGGCCUCUCAGGAAUGCCAGUCACGAGUCCAAACUUUGUGUCCAGCCUCCCUCGCGAAAUGACCCUUUUAUAGGGAUCCCGAUAUGUCUCAAUCUGCACUUCGCUCGGAGGCCGGGGCUCCCUGCUCCCAAGAGCGGCAGCAGAAGCGCGCGGCUACCUCAGCAGGGAGGCCAGCAGACGCGUCCCCAGGAAGACGCUCUCCAGGGGAUGGGAUGGGAUGGAACUGCAGCCCUCCUUCUUGCAGAAGGUGCCAAAGGACAGCGGAGCCUGGGAAAAAGAAGGGAGGGGGCAGGGAGAGAGGGGGCAAAUGAAGGAGAGAGAAAGUUUUAUUUCUCUUCUGAUCGCUAUGAUUGGCCUAUGACUACCCGAGCAAGCCUUUGCAGCCCAGGCUGAGUGGCCUGGGAAGGCAGUGCUUGAGGAAAGGAAGAGAAGAAGGAACAGCCGAAGGAAAGGCUCCGCUUUCAAAGUAAGUGGUUAAUGGGAUACUGAUCAGGGGUGGCUGGGGCGGGGGGGGGGGUCCUGGCUGUGAGCGAUUUGCGAGCCAGCUAGGGCCGCGCACCCUCAGCUCAGAGGGAUGCUUUGCAAGACGGAGGAGGGCCAAGUGGGGAAGGAGGCGGGUCUGACACCAGCGACCCUUCUGACAGAAAUAUGGGGCCAAAGGAAGGCGGUGAGGGUGAGAGAUGCGGUGACAAGUCAGAUGAGAACCCUCCUGUGCGCAAGGGAGAGGGAGAGAGAGAUGCAGGUCAUCUGCUACAGGUCUCUGCGUGGGUCAGGUUCACCCGGAAGGGUUUGUUUAAUACAUUUUCUCCCCCCCCCCAUUCCCACCACCUGUUUUCCCUCCUUUUUGCCGCGUGCUCUUAAAUCGAGCCAUGCAUUGCAGUGGGGGGUAAUAGAUAUCCCAGCUUAAACAAGGAUGGAGGGAACGGAGAGAUAAGCGCAAAGGGCUAAUUUCCAUUAUUAUUAUUGAGUUGUUACUCUUGCUGCUGCUGCUGUUCCAAGCAAAACUUCCCAACUGUAGAGCCCAGCAGGCAAGAAGCUUCUCUCUCUGCCUCCCCCGCGCCUUCCCCCGCGCUCCCGGUUCCUCUCCUGUGCGAUGGGGAGUGACGUCAGCCGGCACCCGACCUAUCCGUCUCCGCGACCAAGGGAAGGGGGUGGAGCUCUUCCCUCGCUAGCUCCUGCGCUUGGGACCACCUCCCAGCAGCAGGAGGCGAAGCGGCGCUUGGCGCGCGUGGAGAGGUUCCUCGGGAUGCUCCGGGGCGGCAACUCGCUUGCUUGCUUGCUCGGCGGGUCCCGAGAUCACCAGCCACAGACCAUCGUCCAAGUUUAGCUAUAGGCCGGGGAGCCAAAGGGAGGGGGGAGCCUGCAGGCCCCGUGCGCUUCUAGGAAGCUGCGGAUGGCUCCGUUCGCUGCCGUCUCCACCGCUUCUCUUGCGCACCAGAUGGCUUGCCAUUGUGUUGCCCCAGCCGGCGAGAUCCUGCAUUUAAAAAGGAAAAAAAAGAGGGGAGCGGGGAGGAAGAGGACAGAGAGAAAGAGAAAGAGAAAGAGAAAGAGAAAGAGAAAGAGAGAGUCCUGUUAUUAUUUUUGUAACAAUCACACCAGACCAUUUUGACUACCAUUUUGACAGACGACCAUGGUCCCCCCCCCCCCAGUUUUGAACCAUAAAGAGACAUAUAUAUUUAAAAGCAACACUGGCCACAGUUUCUUAAGGGAGGCACCGUGGCCCUCGCUCAUAGCUCCUUCCACAUGGGGUGUGGGGAUAUGUCGGGCAAGGAAUCUGGAUGCGUUCCCGGGGAUCUAAGCAUGCAGUCCUAACCUUUCCAAGCCGCAGGGAACUUGGACCGGUGGGAAUUAACUUCAGUAGGAGGCCAACUGGCUGGCUAGAGAGCCCCCGCCUCCCCUCCCCUCCCGGCCCGCCCCUCCUCCGCGGACUCCAAUGGCAUUUAUUUCUCACUCAGGAUUAUCGCCUAAUAGUCAGAAGCACAGACGUGCGCAUAAAAAAAAAUCCAGGCAUGUUUAUUCAUUCUAUUUGAUCAAUCUCUGGGUGUCUGUUUAUUAAACUUCCACCGAUUUUACGUUUGGUGUUUCCUGAUGGCAAACAUUGUCGAAUGAUAAAUAUUGCAUACAGUUAAUUGUGAUGCCAGGGAAAGCUCGGCUCCGGGUUUGUGUGGCGGUGCCGUCGCUGUCUCAAGCCCUCCCAUGUCUUCUGCUCCCCGUGUAACUCAGGGCAAACAAGAACCUUUCUCAAACAUAUUAGUUAAUGGGGCGAAAAGAGGAGCGGGGGAGGGAGCGAGAAAACGAUGGGAACCCUCAGACUUGAUCCCUCAGCUUGGAAGGGAAGGGAGGCUGCCUGGAGAGAAUGGGGAUGUGAAAACAGCUAAAAAGGGGGGUGCUCUGAAGCAAAGCAUUUCUUGUCCAGGAAUCACUUCCAUUGGUUUUUUGGGGGAGGUGUCCCUCUCCCUAAAACAGGGGGGAGUGUCCUAGAACACUGUUUUCUCUGUGUCUGUGGGGAGCUGGCAAUCAUAUUUGGCACCUCCUCUUAUUUUAUUAUUCUUUUUUACUUAUUUCACUGAAAAUACACGCCUGUUUGGCCAGGCCCCCAGAAAGGCUCUUUCUAUCUUGAAAAAUAUCCACAGGCCGUUUCUUUUUCCGGCGCGGCUGCAGGUGUGUUCUCUUUCCGCAUCCAUCCCCAAGUCCCCAAGACCCUUUCCCCCUCCUCCCAUUUUUAUUGCAACUCUUUCCCUAAUUUAAUUUUGUUGUUGUUACGGAAAAAAAGGGAAAGAAACCCAGAUGUGUGGGGUUUUUUUAUGGCUCGAGCCUCGUCUCGGCUGGUGCUGCGAAGGCUCUAAUGCGCCCGGGCUACUAGUCACUGAGCAAAGCGCAGGGCGCCGUUGGCUCCUUUCCAACAGAGUUGGUCAUAAAACAAGAUGUGGGGAGAAGGGAGGGUGGAAUUAACAUCUGCUUUUCUAAACUCAAAUAUGUCAAGGAGCUUUUUUAUUAUGAUGAUCAUGAAUGCUUUCCUCAUUUGAAGAAGAAAUAUGUAGAGAUAAACUGACAUCCACAUGUAUAGAGUAUUUAUAAUGGUGUUAGGAUUUAAAGGUAGCUAUUCAUUGCAUAAGCCAUUUAGAACUGACGUUUUAAAAGCUACUUAACCUCAGACAUCCUUGAAUCUUAGCGAAGGAUUCCAAACGAUAUUAUUUAAAAAGGAAUUUGCUGUAAUUUAAUUGCAUAUCAAGGCGGAACGAGGCGCGAGCUUUGCACCUUCUGCGCUGUUUAAUAGCGUUUUAACUGGCGUUUUAUUCACCCACGUUCUCGGCUGCCCUCGCCUUUCCUUGGGAAGGGGCCGCGCGGGUCCCAAGUUAGUGGUCUCUCUCUGUGAGUGUCUGUGAGUGUGUGCGCGUGUUUGUUCACCAUUUGCAACGGGUAGUCAUCUUUGCGUCUGGAGCUUUGCCCUCUUAGGGGACACAGUUAGUACCUCGGUUCAUUAGUGCCUAUUUAUUAUUGCUGCAAAGAGAAAAUAACAUGUCAGAUUCUGUGGGUGAAUCGACCGUUUGCCCCCACCCUCAGAUCGUUCCUCUCAUCUUUCCCCCCCAAACUUGCCCACAAUUCGGUAAUGCCGGCAUUUAUUCAAUCUGCCAUCCACUUGAAUUUCCGGGGGGCCAGGGCGCCUGACAUCCCAGUCCGAUGCCCUUUUAUUUACAUUUCUCAGAAUCCCGGAAUCGAGUCAGAGGUGUCUCUGAGUGGGGUGGGAAAUCAGCUGGCAGGGAACUACUGCGGCUUAAUCUGGGCGAGGAUCGAGCCGGGGAGGGGGGGCUGACGUUCUCUCAAUUCUCUCAAUAGUACCUCGGAGGGCAGAGAGAGAGAGAGAGAGAGAGAGAGAGAGAGAGAGAGAGAGAGAGAGAGAGAAACAGGCCCCUGGCUUAUUGGAGGCGGCGGUGUAAGGCAUGCACCCUCAACAAGGUUAUGUAUUUCUCUCCAUCCGCUUGGAAAGAACGUGUGCAUUUGGAUCAGAGAUCGCUGGGAUGAGGGGGCAGCUGGUGACGCCCAUCAUGCCAGAGCAGUGCCGCGGGUGCCCCUUGCAAAAUGGCUCUCCCUUGAAUACAGGCCGCCUGUGCACGGCUCCUUGGGAUUAAGCCUCAUGAAAUUGGGAGGCAGGCAGGCGGGCUGGCUUGCUUGUGAGUAAAGGAGGGCAGCAGUAGAGAUCUUGCUUUGAACCAUUUCUCCGUUUGCCUGGUAGAGUGGCUACUCCAACUCUAAAAAUAUCCCCAGCACACGCACACACACGUAUGGCAGCAGCUAGUUCGUAGUCUUUGCUGGCUCCUAUGAAGCUGGUUGAGUGCCCUGAGCCAUCUGUAGCCCGAGCCUCCUCGAAGAGGAAUCCAAGCCUUUGGACUUGAAGAGGGCUUAAUUCCCUCUGGUUCACCACUGUGGCAUAACUGGGUAGAUAAAAAAAGGGGGAAAAGAAAAGAUCCAUCCUAAUUCGAAUCCAUAGAACGUCGGUUCGAUUUGAAAACGUCUCCAUGCAGUUUUCUAAUCCACAAAUAGGUAUACUGGGGCAUUCCAUCCUUUCUUUAGGAUGACAGAUUGAAUUAAGAAAAAUCAUCCCACUCCCCAAAAGACUAAUUCACCACCAAUCCUAGGCCCUCCAUUUCUUUGGGGCAUGGCUCCAGUGAGGGGUGGGGGAGCCCAGGGGUCCGCACGGCUCUCCAGGAGCCCCGGGGUCUAUCCCGUCGGGGACCAGGGGACGUAGCCCGGCUUAUGAUCUUCCACUGAAGGCAGCGGCGACGGCCUGAGCCUAGCUGGACGGGGAUCUUGUGCCCUGAAGGGAGGGGGGCAUGAGGGGGGGAGAGGGGAGAAAGGCUGUCGAUCUGUGAGGGCAGAGGAGAGAGAUUAAAGAAAUGGCCCUUAGUUCUCUGAGUGACACGGCCCCAUUCAAAGGGCAAGCAAAAAGAAAUGCUGCUAAUAUGAAUAGAGGGAUGCUCAAGAGCCUUGCCCCCUUUUCUUCUUUGGCUCCACUUCGGGUCGGAUCCUGGGUGCAUUCUUAGAGCCGUGUAUACGCUAUCUGGGCACACGCACGCGCGAAUGGCAAAAAAGGUCUUAUCGAUUCGAGAUCGAUAUUGAUUCGAGAUCGAUCUAGACCGAUGUAGCUGACUGACCCUACUACCCUCUUUCUGGCUCGGUAAGAUAUUCUUCCAAAUAAACGCUUUGGGUUUCUUUCGCCGGUCUGGACAACAAGUGGGAAAGGCGGGUGGAGCGGCUCUCGGAGCCCGGGGGGUCUGGCCUGAAAGGUAGUGCAUUUAUGGGAGACUCUCUACAAAGAAUUGCUCCGACUGAUGAGGAUAGCAACCCCCACCCUUCCUUACAUCUUCACUUUUGCCUUGCAAAGGGACAGUCCUCAGUUGACAUCUCCAAAGUGAUUAUUAGACGCCUCUGUGAUAAAUCAGGUUGGGGGGGAGUAGGGGAGUCGGAAUAAGGCCAGGCUACACACACACACACACACACACACACACACACACACAGUGUCUGGCUAACGCUGUAUGACUGCCCGAUAGCCCUUUCCAAUUUUUCCACCAACACCCCUGAAAUAGCACAUUGCCUCAACAACCUCUCUUGUUUGUCUCUCUCUCUCUCUGUGUGCUCAAAAAAAAAAAAAAAUCUUUAAAAUUCCUGUCCACGGAUUUCCCUCUCCUGCCUCUCUUUCUCAUCCCCUCUAGCUUCAGCCCCACCCCACCCCAAAGAGCCUCGGAGCCCUUCUUCCCUGAUAAGUUGUAAGAACUUUGCUUUCAAGAGUGUGAAAUGAAGAACACAGACAGUAUAUCAGUGAAAAGAAUAAAGUGGCCUUUUAAUGAGAACUAAAGACAACAAAAACGUAGAUGAAGUGUACCGUAAAGACUGUUUCAAAGUGCAGCUCAAUCCCCUGAGAGCAACCAUCCCAUAGGCUGAGUAAUUGGGACUUUACUGCGCAGAGGUAAGUCAGAGUGGUAGGAUUAUUUUUAUUUUGCUUUGUUUGUUUUGUUGCAUUAUAUUUUUGCUUCUCAGUAAUGGAUCUGUUGCAAAAGAGUUUGUGCAAAGAGCUUCAGGCCUUCUAGCAGAUGAAGGGAGCGUCUUGUGUCUCUUAAAACAAAUCACUCGAACAUUCUAAUUUGUGAAAAUUAGUAUUUUCCUGCUCUUCCGCCCUGCUCCCUUUUCCCAAAGCCCGGGACCUGCGAGGUGCGCCUAUAUUUCUUCAAGUCAGCCUUUCUUUCUUUCUUUCUUUCUUUCUUUCUUUCUUUCUUUCUUUCCGUAAUUUCCCCGCUUUCCACAGCCUUCUCUCCACUCACCCCUUCCUCAACAAACCAGGUAACAAGAGCAAUAAAUCCAAGCAGGGGGGAAAUAAGACAGAUUUCCUCAUCGAUGUGUAAUAAAGUUAAAGGACAUUGUUUUGUCAGACAAGCGCUAAGCAGAAAAUAAAUCUUAGGGUCUGGGGAAACAAAACGGAAUGAUCUUGGCGUGUGUGUAAAUUUACUUUUAAACGCAAUAAAUCAAUGUUCAUUUAAACAGCUGGGGAACCCCACCACGGAGCAGGUUUCAUGGGUAAGAAAAUCUGGACGAGAACAGGCGAUAGAGAUGAAACCACCCAAAGAGAGCAGCCUUCUCCCUGCCCUACACACACCCCGCUCCCCCAAUAUAGUUCUCCUUUUUUCCAAGGAACUUCAAGAGCUGGACAGAGCCCAAAGGCCACCCUUCUGCCCCGUAUUUCCCACGGAUCUCACAGAACGGAAAGCUCAGACCUCGGGAAAAAAGAAACUAGAGGAGGAAGGGGGAAGACCACCCUCUUUUUCCUACAGGGAGUUAGGCAAGCAAACACUAGAGCUGGUGGAUCGGACCCUUGUGGUUGUUACGACGGACACGUUCUGAGACCCCUGUUAGUUUCAAGCCAUGUUAAGGAUCUGAAUGGCCGGGGAGAGGUGGGGGGGGGAGGUUUUUUUGGGAAGGAUGCAAGGUUAGCUGAGAUGUUGAAUACUGGGCUUCUAAAAGGGGAAUGUCGAAAGAUGCAUGGCCAGUUGAAAGGCGAGUGGGCGCCAGAAGCCUGUUCUGAAGGGUGGGCGCAUCUGGAGACAAUCUUUCACAGCCCAGACACUUCACAACAACAUCACAAGAGCGACGGGUGACAUUUGGGCUUCUGAUACUCCGCAGGAACAUUUCUCGAGCAGGUGGCAAUAAAGAGCUGUGAAGGCAAAGGUGCGCCUUAUUUGUCUUAGUCGCCUCUUCCUAACCCGCGACGAUUUCCACGAAGCCUCGAUAAUGACUCUCCCUUUAUUAGAGAGCCUUCCGCGUGCUUGCAGAGUGGCAACAAUUUCUCUUCCUCACAGUCAUUUGGUGUCUUUGUUUAAUUUUGCAGAACUAAUGUAAACAUGGCUUGCAAAUACCCAGAGGUGGAUUAUUUGGUUUAUUCUCUCUGCUCCCCCCCACACACACCCUUUCCUCUCCCUCCACCAUCCUUUUUUUAAAAAAGAAAGAAAGCCACAGAAGAUUAAUCGAACAGCAAAGAUUACGAGAAUGGAAUAUGCCCUGCCUUUGUUUUGUAGUCCUUCGAAAGCCAUGCAAAUACACAUCGAAGGGCGUUGCUUCCCUUGAGCGACGUGGCCACCGCCUGGCAUCUUAAGUUUGUGAAAAUAUAUUACAUCUAUUUCACGGAGCGUUUAAACGCUUGCAUUUCACCGGAUCAGCAAAGCAACCAAGCAGCCACCAACCACCUUGGCUAUACUGGGGUGUGGUGGAGAUGCAAGGAUAGAACAGUCAGGGGACCUGGUGACUUUUGUCCUUUCUGUACUGCUCAAUUGACUUCUCUCACUCUUUCCCCAUCCCUAAAAACGAGAGCUGGAGAUAACGAGCAGAGAAAAAGUUAUUAAGCGCCUGGCAGGUGCGUGUACCUCGGUUGUAUACAUCCCAGGGACCAGAUAGUGCUAGUAAUAUCUGACCUUGAUUAAGGGAAACCUGCCUGUCCUAAUACUCAGAAGCGAAGCGCAAACGACACGGAGCCGAGUUGCUCUUUCAGAAGCAGGGAGGGAAAGGGCAGAGCCCUGCGAAACACUGAACGGAGUGCGGAUUGUCUGCUGGGGGGGAGGGGGGAGCUCUGCUCAGGUGAAACUGACGAGGCAGUGUAAGUUUCCUGCUCAGUCUCUCUCUCGCUUCUCUCUCUCUCCCCCCCUCUUUUUCUAUGACUGCCCGAAGGGCCUCGCCGAUUCCUCGCCUUUGAUUCUCCGUUUGUUUGCUAGAUGGCGCUGUGUCUCUCAAUACAUUCCGAUUCAGAGCUAAAACGGCCCCUUUUCGUAUAUCCUCCCCCAGAUAAAUCAGAUUACCUACCCCCGCUUCGUUCUGCGAGGAACGCACUUUAGUUCCAGCAAAAAAGAAAAAGUGCUAUUAAAUAAUGUUAAGAAUCAUACAGAAUCAUCAUAUAAAUAUCCCGAUUAAAAUAAAAGGCAGCCUGCAAGCAAAAUCUGAACUAUGGCGUCUUUACUCUCUGCCAAUUCAUGUUGUAAUCAUGUUGUAAUCUACUUAAUGAUUUCCCUCCUUUUUGGUGGCUGGACCAAAAUGUAGCUAAUUUGUAUUUGGGGAAACCUAAUGAAAAAAAGCAACACACAACCCGGAGAUUUGAUACAUGUUUUCAUUAGUUGCAGGCAAUGUAAAUACGCACAUGAGAUCUAGCUUCACCAGAAACAGAAACUGGUCGUAUUAAGUUAGCCUCCUUGUCACUCUUUCAUGAAUAGAUCAAAACAAUUAUGAGCGAUUUAAAGUGAAAAUGCCACAAAAUCAAAUGUACGUUCUCUUUUCAUCUUUUUUUUUUUUAGGUUUGUAAAGCCUGGGGGUCUGUUUCUGUAUCUCCUACAGUCUAAAUUUAUUCUGCAAAAUUACCUUCCGUGUUCUAAAUUUAUUCAUUUCAUUAAAGUAAGAAAACUGUUUAGAAAUUUAAAAGCCUCGGUUGUUUCUAUUGAUUAUAUGAUUAGGGAUUCAUUAUAUGGAAACUCCUCUCCUUAGAAAAAGUAAUCUGAAAGUUUUGUAUUGACAGGUACAUGUAUUAGAGUAUAAAGUACUUUUAAUUUAUUAAUAAUUCCAGAUUUCAAAUACUAUUAUUGUGAUCAUCGUUACGUUUAUAGAAACAGGAAGAGCGUAUUCUUAAGUGUUAAAACAGCAAUGCAUAUUAAAGACGUUCCUUUUUCAGAAGUCAUUUUGUUGCAUUCUCUUUUCUGGCUCAGUUUCUCAGAAAUGCAGGUCUUUAACAACAAUCCACUACCACAGGGGAAGAAAAAUAGGCUGGUUUGGUGCGACUCGCAACAUUCGAUAAAUUACAUGGUUGUUAUUUCAUUUUCUCCCCUUUAGUUAGAGCCUUUGUAAAAUCUCAAAGUGUUAGGCUGUAACUAGGAGGCGCUGAAAACCUAAGGCGGAAAAUUUACAACUUGAUCAACUUCAAACCACACACACAGAGAAACACACACACACACACGGCGCUACAGUUGCAAACAUAUGUUCCGGAUUAAGUUAAGCAAACGGGUCUCGUUUUCCAAGGAAGAAAGCUGAUAAUGAAAUCUUAAAUGCUGCAGAGUUUGGCUCUUGUUACGGCUUCACUUGCACCAACAUGAACGAAUCCCUCUACCUUUCUGGGACAUUCCGGUUUUAGGUGCAGCGCCAGCAGAACCUCGCUCUGAUUCUCUCCCUCCCUCCCCUAAAGCAAUUCAAAGCGCACAGGUAUCUCUUUCAGCAGUUGAUCUCUAAAGAGCAGUGCUUUAAAGCAGGCAAGGCUCUUUCCCGUCUUUUGUGGGCCAGGCAGAACUGCCCAUGGAGAAAGAAGCUGGGUUGCCUUGCUUAGUCUUAGGAUAUGUGCCUCCUCCUCUGAACGCUCUGGGGUCGUCAGCUUAAGCAUCGUGCGGGUAUGAAGGGAAGUAGAGAGUAGCAGAAAGAAACCUCUUUCAGAGAGCCGGUCCUGAUGAGCAGGGAGCCACAAUUAUAAUCGUUAAUAAGGUGGGCCGGAGUGUAGCUUCUACUCAAUAAGUGUAUAGAGUUCAUCUGCACAUCUGAGGUUCAUUUCCAUUGAACAGAAUAAAGUUUGUCUUGUAGGGGCUGAAAGUCGAACCCAUUAUUACAAGGAUGCUAGCGAAUAAAUGUGUGAUUUCUGUGCGUGCUCACACACAGAGAAACUCACACUCACAUACUGUAGCACGUUAAAAGUAAAAAAAAUUACUUAGGCUUGAGCACAGAUAGAUAAACAGGAAAAUGACACGCAUAUAUCCACAAUCAUUCAGUGGAAGAGAGGCGACAGAAAUGUGUUCCUGAAGCAAGACAGAGCUCAGAAGCAGCAUCUGGUGGCAGCCCCAUGUUUUCAAAACUUCCCUAAAUGUAAUUACUCUUGAAAAUGUUCUUUGUCAAACUCCGCUAUCCCAGUGGACUGUAAUGAGGAUCCUGCAACUUUAUCCCAGGAUAUUAUACCCAAGGAGCUGACUAUUUCCCCCCAAAAAAAUACCCAGUAGGCACUUAGGACAUUAAUGGGUGUCUAUUGAUUUCCGGAAAACUCUAUUGAGGAAUCCUUUCAUAUAUCUAAGAUAUACACGAAACACUUUCAUUUCACUAGAUAGCCCAGGUAGUUUUGACGUUGACAAAUGGCCAAAAGACAAGAAAAGUAAUUUCAAACGACUUUGAAGGGUUACAAGAGGUAAGAAAGGGGGGGAGGAGAGAGAGAGAGUAAUAUUUUUCAACGCAUGUCACGAAUAAGAAAAAAAGAAAAUAAUCACAAGGUAAACCAUAGCUGGGGAAAAUAAUUGAGGAGCAAAUAAUUGAAAAUGCUUUCAUGUUGGACACCCAAUCUCUAGUCCCUUUUCUCUUUCCCCUUUCUAAGAUUCCAUUAUUUUCUAUAUGUCUCCCAUUAAAAGUUAUUUUUAAGAUUACUAACACGGACAUGCACUAGCUAAAUUGUUCAGGAUAUGUUCAGGAUAUGUAUGUUCAGAAUAAUGGAGGUGGGGGAGACACAAAGCAAAAUUACCAGAAGAAAGAGGAUUUUGUAAGAACUGAGAUGAGAAGGUUUAAUGCAGGAUUGACAAAAGGGAUUUUUUUGUUAGUCAGUGAGGCUCACGCUCCGGAGAAACCUAAUAUCCUAAUAUAGAUCAAAGAAAGGAGCAAAUAUUUAAUACCGAAGGUGAGCUACCUCGAAACACAAAUCCUUCCCCCUCUUAAAUAUGCAGACAUCUAACUUUCACUCGGCCAAUUAGUUGUCAAUAAUAAUAAGAAUAACAAUAAUACAAAACUGGUUUAUAGUAACAUUGCUCACUACAACAAUGUCUGAAUUAUGGUCUGGAAUCAAUUCGAUUACUGAUCAGAAAGCUAUCAGUAUCCACGCUAUAAAAUAUCCUGGUUAGAUAGAAGAUACCACGAAUUAAAAAAAUAAAAAUAAAAUACCACGGUGAUCUUCACUUUCCCCAAAUCAGAAGCGUGCAACAGGUUAUUCCUCUGAAAGUUUAAUUCCUAACCGUUCUGCCUCGGGGUUCCCUCUUACAAAAAACGAAAGCGGCCCCCUCCUCCUACCCAGGGCCGGUUGGCUAGUUGGGGGGAGCGAGUGGACCCUUUCCUUGGACUUUUUGUGGGUGCAAAUGAAGAUCAAGCAGAGAAAACAGAAUUCCCCCUACGAAGCUGCCCUAUAGAGAACAGUGAAAACGGUGGUGCGCGUAUGUGUGAGCCGAACCGACUACAGGUGGGUCGAGAAGAAGGGAUUCCAUUUAAUCCAUCGUAACACGGAUAAGGGGUCGUGAUGACGAAAAGGGGGUUCGAGGUUUCCCUCGUGAACUUGCCGGCAAAGUUGAUGCUGAAAACAGAAUAAUUUGACUCGGACGUUGGAGCGAACCCUUUUAAUAAGCGAACUAUGUUCUCCACAAGCUAGCAGAGAGAAGGCAGCGGUUUCUUUCAUUUGAGGGGAGGAAAAUAACCCUCAAAUAACCCUGUUGUGGAUAUCUAAAUAUCCGUUUCCAUGAAUCUGGCUCAUGAUCCGUAAUAGUGUUUAAUAUUAGUAAGAGCACUGGGCUAUAACUUUGCUUUCCUAAUGCCCCAAAGCCAUUCCAGUAAGUUCCUCCCCAAUAACUCAAAAGCAGGGAGGUCUGUAACUCCUCGCUGUCGUUGCUCAGCUGGGGCUGGGGGUAUUUAUAUUAAGGGGAAGCCAGAAAAUCCUUAGCUAUCCAACUUGCUCAUCCCCCCUCACCCCUUUUUUGUAAUUUUGGACGGAUCGGGGAAGCAAAUGGGAAGGAAUCGGAUCUCUCAGCAAAAGAAGGCAGAGCGAGAACAUUUUAAUGAACAGAGAGCAUCUUGUUGCAUUUAAAUAGCGAACACGUAAAUAGCUUGACUUUACAAGCUUGCACGGCUGCAAGUUGUUUGCUAAACUGGCAGGGAUGUGAUCAAAGAGGAAGAAAAAAGAGACAUUAUUUCUCUCUCUCUCUCUCUCUUUCUCCUUGCGCAUAACUUGAAUUAAAGGAUGCGGAGACUGAGAGAGGGCUUAAAGUCCCGACGAUCACAGCAGGUGGCGGGUCUGGAAGGGGGAAGUUGAAGGGAGGUAAAGUUACGGGGUUGAGACGCGCAGACUGGCCGACCCUUUAGCAAAGCGGGGAGGGUGGAGAGGGAGAAAGGGAGGGCUGCCAGGCUCUUAGGGCUCUGGCUCUGGGGUGCCUCUCCCGAGGCUGCAAUUAACCAGCUGCCUGGCAGUCAGUGGGGUUGCAUCGAGUAGGCGCGCAUCAAAGAAGGGAAGCGGAUCUGCUUUGCAACCAACCAGGAGGACCUCAGAUCCCCGCCCCCACCAGUAUCGCCUCUAUAGCCAAGGGAAAGAUGAAGAUCGCAUGGGAAGGGGGAAAUGGCAUGCACGCAUCCCCGCAAUGAGAGAGAGAGAGAGAGAGGAGGAGGAGGAGGAGGAGGAGGAGGAGGAGGAGGUCUGGUUCUGGGCAAAGCUGGAAACCAAGGAUGGGCAAUGCGGGAAUCUUGGCGGAAGGAGCUUAGGGAGAGGACAGAGGAUGAAAACGAAAUCGGGGGCCUGCGGGCAGUGGCAUCAGACCAGGGCAGUGGAAUCGGACCAGAAGAGCACAUGAGGUGGAAAGUCCUGAGAAGGGGGCAUAAAUGCAUGGUUAACUCUCCCCCCUUCAAGGGAGAUGAGAGGAAGCGCGGAGCAGGCGGGAUUCAGGAUACAAAAACGUCGUCUCUGAGAGCGAGGUCUUCCGCAGCCUGCUCCAGGCUUGGGCUGAACGAGGCAAGGAGAGGCUUGUUUAGGGCGAGGGCAGCUCAGAACUAGGAGCUGUCCAUGGUGCUACAGAGAGUGGAUGGCGCAAACCCAGCUCCGCUCCGCUUUUUCGGGUUCCCUGGCAGAGAGACUGUCACAGCCUCAGUUGCUCUAUCAAGGGAUUCCCAAUUCGCACCCCCACCCCAGCCUGGUAAAAGUUUGGACACCUUCCCGCGGCUGACAUGGCUUCUCUAUUUUCUAAAUCUUAACAGCCCAACUUGGGAGGCUCAGAAAACACCCGUAUCAUAACUGCCCACCCACUUUGGAAGCUGAAGGACUGAGUCGUUAUCUUCCAACUUGCUUCCAAGUAGCAGAUUAACAUGGAAACCUGAUCCUGAUUCUUUAACACACUGAGUUUUAAGGAAAAGCAAGGGUGAAAUGAGAGAUUCAGCAGGGCUAAACCGAGGGUUCCAGGGUUCCAGAUUUCUUAGGUAUCCUUUAAAGUGGCUUUAAAAUGUGCAGAUAGAGAUGCCCGAAUGAACACAUGGUCAGCGAUCCAUGAAGCAGCUAUUACGUCUUUCUUUAUCCUCUCUUUUCUAGUCUAUCUCUCUGUUAGCAGAAAAGCUAUACUGAUUUGUGCCAAAGAUCAGGAAAGUCGCACAGGAGUUAAAUCGACGUUACUAAUUAACAGGCUCUCAAGGUUCCCCUAGUUAGAAGAAUUAAUUAGGAUGCAAAAGCAAACUUUUUAAGAUAAAGCCCUGCACCUAUAUUUAGGAAACGGAAAGUGAAUUAACCAACUGGUUAAUAACUGAGGGACAAGCCCAAACUUUUUUAAAGAACAAAAAAGUUCGAGGAGAAAGAGGAGGUCCGCGCGCGCACCCAGCCUCCAAACACUUGCACGUGAAGGUAUUAGAUACGAUGUUACCCGCAAGAUGCUUCUUAACUUGUUUUAAGUAGGAGUAAAUCGCAGGCGGAACUGGGGCGAAAUUAAGACUGGUGUGCGCUCCUUCUGGGUCUAGGGAACCCGUUCAAGGAAUUCAUUAAACGCAGAAGCAAAGAAACUUCUCUCAUAUUUUACUCUUUGUUCAACCGUGGUGAUCCGAAGGGGCAGUAGACAUUGCACUGGGUGGGUCGAAGCUCUGCUCUACUGUUCCCCCACAGGGGGAAUUCGAAAGCAAAAGUUAGACGAUGGGCGUGAGAUGGGCUUUUUGGGAGGGGGCAGAAGGGAUUAUGCGGAAGGAAGAGUGAAAAGUCUCUCCCCCCCCCCCCCGCCAGCCAAGCAGGGCCUUUCCUUUCAAGCCUCGCGGGUCCAGCCUGGAGGGGGGAGCCGGGAACUGCUAGCCGGUCGUUCUCGUCACCUGACCUCAACAGAGACCCAGGCAUGUCGGGGCUGCAGGGAGAGCCUGGGAGGCAGGGGACCCUCUCAUGGAGAGGCUAGCAAAACCUCGGCCGUCGGGGCGAGCGACCUGCUCCCUUUCCCCCAGGAAGCCGGGCCAGAGGCAGAGGGAACCUGAGGCAGGCUGGUCCUGAGCUGUCCAGAGCGGUCCCCCUUCGUGCCGCGAAUAUUCGCCUGUUGGAUUCUCCCUCUCCAGUUCCCUGCGCUUCUUUUGAAGUUUCCCUCUUGUGAGGAGGAAUGUCAGAUGCUACUCCUCCAGCUGAGAGAGCCCGCAUUCGCCAUGGAGGUGAAGAGGCGAGGGCUUUUCUCUUCUUCUUCCCCCAGAUUAUUCUCAUCUGAUGCUCUGAAGGGGAAGAAGGCGAUCACCGGCCUUUUCAUCCAGGGCGCGGGCAGCUCUCGUGGCGACUCCGGCCAAACCACCGCGGCUCCUUCCUGGGCGCAGAGGCUGCCUUGGCGGCGGGACAGGCACAACUCCUGUCGGCUCCAAAUGUCCAGCCUGCGCUCUUGCUCGAGGCUCGGGCUUAAUCGUCCUCAGCCGAAGCUGUCAGGAAGCGAAUGCUUAGUAAAGAUCAGGAGAAAUGUCCUACUUUCUCAUCCCUUCGCCUCAUUUUAGUUUUAAGUCACUUGCAGAAGAAGGACUCCGAAUUCAGUUCCCCCAAUGAAGGGGGACCAGCAGACCCCCAGGAUGGGUUUCCUGCUCCGACCUCAACUCCCACCCCCAGCCCCGCGACACACUCUUUCCCCAUUUUACCCCACAGGAAUUUCCCGCCUGUUCUGCAGCGUCCUCAGUCAAGUGGGUGUUUUUUCUCUCUCCUGUCCUUCUGGCUUGUGAUCACUCCUAAAUCCAUUCUUCGCUCCAACCAUGCACGUUGAUCACAUUCCAAAAUGAUGGGGCCUCCCACGGAUUUGGGUGCAUUCAAGGACCAGAACAAAUCCCGUUGCGAGGCUGGGGGUGAUUAAGGUCGUCUUUACGAUUAUUUAUUUUUAAAUAUGAUAGAUCGAUAGAUUAGAUGGCUUAUACCCUCCCAUCCCAUCACUGAUAAAUGGAAGGAAAGCGGGAUCCCAGCUUUAAACCCAUGAGUUGUAUAUGGGAAGCAAACAACACGAACAAUCCUAUUUGGGGAUCCGAGUGGGUCUGCGGGCCCUUUCUUGUUGCGAAUGAGAUUUAGGCUGCAAUCCCGGACCCACUUUACCGGGAGUAAGCCCCGCUGAACGCUCAACAUACACGUAUAGGAUUGGCCCCUUACAGUAUUUGGAGCAGGCAACUGUCAACACGCAGAGGCGCUUCUUUUUGGAAAUCUACUUUGAAGUGAUGCUCGAGGGUCUGCCCCCGCCUCACUCUCCCCAGAUCUACGUGUUAAUCUCUGGUUUCCCCCUUCAAACAGAAUUCAGUUACAAAGAGCUUGGAAAGAUUUUGCAUCUAUUGAAGGGGCACCACGUCUUUAAUUUUCUGAGGAGUAAAAACCUCCCCAAGAAACUUCAUAUAGCUUCUUAGGUUUUUGCUUAGCAUACGUGAUAAAACAUUGAUUGUCGUAGUUUGGUGACCCAUGAAAUUUGGGGGUUAGUUUUCUCUUCAGACCAGAGCAUAUAAUUAUGCAAAUAAAGAGCUGUCACUGAUCUGGUGAAAUGCUCACAAACACACGCAAUCCGAAACUGGAAAGAAAAGUGGAAAAUGUGGGGGAUUAGGAGCAAUGACAGCGUUUGCAAAGUUUGGGGAAGUUCUUUUUUCACACUUUGGGGGACUUAAGUCAACAAUUAGCGUGAUCUGUCUAUCAGAUACACACAGAAAUACACUCCGCAUCCUUUAACAGGUUACUUUAACUUCAACUGGAAUAGAAAUUCGAGCGCAGGCACACAGACUGCCGUCGUCUUAUAUGACAGCUUUCAAUUGUACUUGAGAAUUGGUUCCUGAGGGGGGGGAGAGAAGGGGGGCAGAAUAAGUGCGCUUCCUCUGAGAAAAGAAAUAUUUAAACGUCCCACUUUAGUUGAUUAGGAAUCCACGUCAACUCAUGUAUUAGAAUGAAGGUAGUAAGCUGCAUAAAAGGACCUUGCGGCAUGCACAGAAACUCUCUUUGUCAUGAACCCAAACAGAGUUUUACUUUAAAAGGACAGAUACUAGCCAGGGGCCUGUCGACCUUAUUUGUUCAUCUGUAAAAUGGGAGCAUUUUCUCAGGAACAAACUUCACGGGGUUAUUGGGCGGUUAACAAAUAAUAUGUUCGGUUAAAAGGAGACGGGGGUCCUGCAGAAAUAAAUCCUGGGAUCAUAUACUACAGAUAGAUAUAGAGAUAUGGAGAUAUGGAUACAGGCCCACCCAACCAGAAGUUGAAACCCGGUGCAACCUUUGAUGUUAAACAGAUCCUCUUAGCCGGCAAAACUAGAGCCCCAUAGUCAGAAUGUAUUCAUAACUGUCCGUUCAGUUGCUUUGGUGCAAAACUGGGACAUUCUUACAGGUGUUUUGCCUAGUCAAAGUAGAAUGGAAAGUAAGAGCUUGUUCCACCUUCCUUUCGCGUUGCCCCUCUUCUUUCGCUCCAUCCAGAGUUCGGCGUAACUACGAACUGGUCCAGUUGUAUCGAUUCUCACUCUCUCUCUCCUUUAAGGCAUUACAGAUCUAUGGCACUAAACUUGUUCUAAAACUUAUAGCGGGGUGUUUCCCGGGCUGCAGCUACUUCACUGUCCCAAGUGAAAGAGGGACCCACUUUCAGGAGCCCAGUUCUAUCCUGACAGCCUUGGCCCCUGGUUCAUUCUUUACCAGGAACAAUCCUCUGCCUUCGCCCCUACCCCUCCCCGGACUGCCGGAGCGCUGUUUCAGCCGAGCGGUUUUAGCCCAGAUUUAUGGUAACUCCAGAAGACAUCAGUUUGUGAACAGACCAGCGGUGUGAAACUUGGAGCCACCAAUCCAAGGAGGAAUCAAUUAAACCAACCAUUCGGUCAUUAAUUCCUCCCAAGUGUGUUUUAAAGGAGAUCGUUGCUACUGCUACUGCUACACAGCUCAGGUGUCGAGCUAAAAGCUAAAAUGCUUCAAGGGUGUGUGUGUGUGUUUCAGAUAUUUUGCAUCACUGUCCCUCGACUAGGAGGUACACCGCCAGUCACAAACGCACGAUCACAGUUUAAUGCUGCUACAGUCUAUAGCUGACUCUCUUACUUUUCCUAGAGUAAUGAAGGCCUGGGAGAGGAGGGGAUGCCAAGGGUCAUUCGGGUGCUGUGGGAUCCGUCCAUUCUCCAGGGCCCACAAAUUAUAUUCAUGGAAAGGAGUUAAGAGACCUCCUUUGCAGUGGAGGGAAAAUCUCUAGCCAGCAGCAGCAGCAGCAGCAGCAGAAAGGAGGGACAGGAUUCCUCGCAUUUCUGGGUCAGAAUGUGCACUGAUUUGGAUGGGGAAGCUUUUAGCUCAGGCCACCUUGGCAGAUAUCAAGGACAUGCAAGUUCUCCCCCGCCAAAGGUAGUCAGGUUCGGUUUGGGAGCUAAGUUUUGAUCAGGCUUAGCUCAGCAGACACAGAGCGGAGUCCAUUGCACCAGGCAUCCAGAAUCACAGAAGCCACCCAAAAAGGGGACACGCCCCCUUUUCCCAUCAGAUCCUGGAGCUACACAUCUCUCCCACCUUGUUGGUCCCAUCCCAGAGCUUGGGCAGCAAACGCCCACUUGGAGGUCCUGCUCGUUAAACUGCCCGGCUUGUCCUUUAUCAAAGAUCCUGUAGGUCGAUUUGGAGGUUUUUUAAUCGAUUUGACCCAUUAGUAGGUAAGAUUCAAAUGCACACCAGAGAGCAGCGUGUCCAGAAAGGGCAGACUGCAUAGCGGCGGUGGCUGGGAGUGAGCAGGGUCCCACGUGGUCGAAAGAAAGAAAUAAGAACUGUGUAGGUCACGUGAAGGCUGCAAUCCUAUCUCCACUUACCUUCGAGAGAGCCUCAUCCAACUCAGUGGGAGUAAGACUGACUUGUGACAUGUCUGGGAUGGAUGGCUUACAGCGAAAUUCUAUACAACAUGUCCCCUGUGAACUAGGUACUAUUGUUCUCCAGGUAACCCUUCUUAGAACUGGACCCAUUGCUAGAAGUCCCGGUCCAGGAAUCCGCACUUCAGAAUGAGCUUCUCCUUCUGUGACCUCAGGAAACUAGAAGGCUAGCUGGGUGGCGGAAGGGCUACUCCUUUGGGGAAAGGUCUUGGCCCUUCCCCUGGUGCCAUCCAUGUAAAAAGUGAUUUCCACACCCAGGAUGCCCCCUUUCCCAGCUUCUCCCACUUUCUAACGCCAGCAAGUUGCAAUAAGAGGACAGUUGUGCAAGGAAGAAAGCCACUCUUCCUUGGUUGGGGCUGACAAGCCUUAAGCGCCUUCCUAGAAAAGACCAGCGAUGGCUCCAAGAGGAAAAUGAACGAGCCUCAUCCCAUGCAGGCAUCCCUUGAAAGACCCCUUGAUUUAAACUGGGGAGAAGCCCAUGUAUGACCCUAAAAAUGCUUCAUAAUUUGCUACUUGGGACUUUAGCAGACGCGUGAAAGGUGUGGAGAUUUUUAUACAUGGUAGAAUUUCUGGCUCGGAUGAAAUAAACGCUAAACUGGGAAAGCUCAAGCCCCGGAACCUUUGCUGGACGCCACACAACACUUUCGAAGGUUUCCUUUUUUUGUUUUGGCUUUUGCACUCAUGUACGGAGGUACUGGGGAUGCAGCCCCUCGGAACUUACUGGCGCCUCGUUUUGGGUAAGCGUGAAUGGGACCCAGCUGCAUCACACGCGAUUUUUUUUUUAUUGGCAAAAGCUGGGGAUAUAAUUUGUUUGGAUAAAAUGGUUCCUAAACAUACCCUCCGCAACACCCAUUUCGCAGGAAUUCCCAUGCACUGUGGUGCCCGAUUCAUCCUUUCGAUCUAUAUGUGCCUUUCCUCCCCAGCCCUUUUAACAGUAAACGCGAUUUCCCCCGCCUCGCAUUUUUGCAAGGCCUUGGAUAUUCGUAAACACGUUCAGAGGCCACGCAAAUAAUUCCCAGCCUUAAACGGCCCAGGUGGAGGAAGAUCUUUCUUUCGCGGCUCGCUCUGCUGAGGGGCAACCGAGUCCGAGCGAUCCUUCCUGGAAGCUGCUGCGCUCCCCUUGCUCCUGGCAAACGGGUUUUGUCCGGCCAGCAGCAAAUGAACAUCCCAUUGAGUUGUUGCGCCUGGCACAGUUGCUUAACAAGACCAGAGACAAGAAAGUCACACCCGCAUCUUAAAAGAGAAACCAUUUUUUUAUUGGUUCAGUGUAAACAGAAAGAGACAACCCUUUUAACAGCUCCCUGUGUGCUUUACAGUUGGGUCCAGAAGCAGCGAGAACACAACCCAGGCAACGGCACGAGAUACAGAACAAGGGGCUGGUGGGACCACACCGGAAGGAGUAGAAACCUCAACCGUGACACUUUGGAGAGGAGGAAAAAAACUCAUUUGGUGAGAUUUGGCACUUUGCAGAGCCCCAGAGGCUUUCACAAAAGACAGGGUAAAGUCUAAGGGUUGCUGUGGAAAAAGCCCACAAGAUCACAGCUAAGGAAAGAAAAAGCAUGGAUAAGAAAAAAGACCAGGUCGACCGUCUACCACCCUGAAGCUGACGCUAAGGUGGGCCCAGGCGGGUGAGAGAGAGGAGCAGUUCCAGAGAACGGGGAAACAGGAGACGGGGACCAUCAGGUGGGGGAGAUGGUCACCAGGGAAGCGAUCAGGAGACUAUUCCUGCCGCAAGCCUGCCCGACUAUGGCUCGUUCAUUCUCCCUGCACAGAAGAGUAGGUGUGCAACUUGCCAGUCUGAAAGGCUACCCCUUCACAGAGGAGAGGAGGUCAGGCGAGGAAGCCGACGCGCCGAGACAGGCCACCUUCACCUCUGCACUUGGAGCCACUUGACUCUGGCUUUGAAUCUGCCCCCAGAGAUGGCGCUGGCAGGUUUCCGAUGGAAGGGAAAGCCCUUCUCUCUCUCUCUCCACUUUGCACCGACAGGGCCCCUUAACCCGAAUUGCGCCCUUUGGGAUAAUCUUAACAGCAGCGCUUUCAAAGACGUGCGCCAACACGUCUGUUCUGAAAUCCCAAAAGCUUCCCUUUCAAACGAGCUGGUGGUGGUAUCUAACGAAAUCGCCCAGCCACUGAAUGCAUGCAUGAGAUGAAAUGUGACCCCCUCUUUCGCUCGGGUAACAUCUGAGAGGGGAGGCCAGGAAAAGUUCAAACGCUCCUUGGUGCCCCGGCGCGCCUACUCGAGCACCAGCCAGGCGCUGCUGCUCUGGAAGAGGCCGGGUCGCCGUCCGCUGGGGAUCCCUCUGCGCAAGCCGCGCGCAGGGCAGCCACUCCCGGCAGUCAGCUGAGCCUCGUGGCCUGGCAGAGAAGGCGGAGAGGGCGCCCCAGGCUUGGAGUCCGGGUCGGGCAGAGCUUUGGGGGGGGGGUGAGAUGAGGCCCAUAGGGACCCCACUCCUUUUAGCCACACUGGCCACGAGUUUGGGGCUUAGAAGCCCGUGAAUUUGCGGCGUUGGGUGGAAGGCAGACCCUACUGAGCAUCAUGGUAACUGGAAACACUCGGUGACAACAGAUGGACUUGUAGGUCUGCGUGGAAUUAUAAAGAGUCAGGACUCAUUGAAAGCCAUGAGGAAUUUAAGGAAUGUAAAAACGACGUCCUCUUGCUUAUAACAAAAGUGAUUAGCAACGUCAGUAAUACAUGCUUCUUUUCUUUCUUUCUUUUUUGCUAUUAAUAUUUCACAGUGUCACCAGACGGUGAAGGUAAAUCGAAACUGGCUUCAGGAGUUCAACAGAUUGAGUGAGAAAAAAGAUCUUUCGGCAGGGAGGGGGGAAAAUCGCCCCUCCCGGCAAAGGCGGACCCUGUUUCAGCAAGGAAUGGAAAACUCUGCUGCCCCGGCCUCGAACCGGGAGGCCCAGGGCGGAGAGGCGGCGUCCUGGGAGCGUCCAGGAUCUUUAAAAAAGUUCUUCGCUAUCUGA